GGGGCCGGGCGGCGGCAGCGGCGGCAGCGGCGGCGGCUGCGGACGAGCCAGUCGGGCCGGGAGCGGGUCGGAGUCGCCGCCGCGCGUGCCAUGGAGCAACCCAGGAAGGCGGUGGUGGUGACGGGGUUCGGCCCUUUUGGGGAGCACACAGUGAACGCCAGCUGGAUUGCCGUACAGGAGCUGGAGAAGCUGGGGCUGGGGGACAGCGUGGACCUGCACGUGUACGAGAUCCCCGUGGAGUACCAGACAGUGCAGCGGCUCAUCCCUGCCCUGUGGGAGAAGCACAGCCCGCAGCUGGUGGUGCACGUGGGGGUCUCUGGCAUGGCCACUACAGUCACGCUGGAGAAGUGCGGCCACAACAAGGGCUACCGGGGCCUGGACAACUGCCUCUUCUGCCCCGGCUCGCAGUGCUGCGUGGAGGAUGGCCCGGAGAGCAUCGACUCCAUCAUUGACAUGGAUGCCGUGUGCCAGCGGGUCACCGGGCUGGGCCUGGACGUGUCGGUGACCAUCUCCCAGGACGCCGGCAGGUACCUGUGUGACUUCACCUACUACACGUCUCUGUACCAGAGCCGCGGCCGCUCCGCCUUUGUGCACGUGCCGCCCCUGGGCAAGCCCUACAGCGCGGACCAGCUGGGCCGGGCACUGCAGGUCAUCAUUGAGGAGAUGCUUUUGCUGCUGGAGCAGGCGGAGGGCACCCUCAGCUGCCACCACGCACACUGAGGGCCACAGGCCGCAGCACGGCACCUCCGGCAAGCGUGCAGACUUGUGGUGUGCUGGGCACCCUGGCCAGGCAGUGGACAUGUCCCCCACACCCAGGAGCCUGGCAGAGCGUC